AUGUCGGUCGACACCAGCGAUUUGACCACCCAGGUCAACAAGAUCAUCAGUCAGCUGCACGGGAUCUUCGAUGACAUUGGCGUGCCCAACCAUGAAAGGGAGGCGAAAGAGACCGAGCUUUUCGGGGCUCUUUCGGUUACCCUGAACAAUCACCUACGCAUUAUCAACAAUGAAAAAACUGCCAUGGUCGAAGAGGCAGAGCACCUCGUCCAGACGAUCAGGCAGAUGGAAGCCUCCCUAGACGACGAGAAAGCAAAUGGACAGUACGAUCUUAACCAUGGAGAUCUUCGUAUUACGUUUCCUCUGAACCGCUGCAUUGCGUUUCUGAAAGAGAAAUACUCGGCGAUCAGCAAAUUACACCGCGAACGUUUCGAGCAAGUGAAAAAGCUCGUGGAGGCCUUGGAGUCAUAUUCGUCUCAUCUGGAGUCAUCUUUUGUGAAGAUUGCACUUCCUCCAACAUCCCCCAAUGCCUCUAUUCCACCCAAUUUUGAUCUCUCGCCAUCGUAUGUUGCAGCUUUGGACAACGAAUUUACUCGAGUGUACGAAGAAUACAACAAGCGGGUUCACCUAGUAACGGCAACCUCGGAAGAGAUUAUCAAGCUAUGGGCCGAGCUGGGAACGUCUCAGGCGCAGACAGAUUCCACGAUCGUGAAGUAUUACCGUGACGCGCCAGAGCAACUCGGUCUUCACGACACCGAUCUUGCAAACCUCAAAGGCAAACGGGAUAAGCUUUUGGACGAGAAGAGAAACCGCGAAAGAAAGCUGAAAGAUCUCAAAACCGCCGUUGAAGGCUUGUGGGAGCGCCUGGGAGUGGAUGAACGGGACCAGAAAGCCUUCCUUGCAGCUAACCGUGGCUGUGGCCUGCGUAUCAUCAACGAAUUCGAGGAAGAGCUGGCCCGACUGAACGAACUAAAACGACAAAAUCUGCACCUAUUCGUCGAAGAUUCAAGAUGCCGCCUCCAAGAGCUCUGGGAUGACCUGUACUAUUCCGAAGAGGAAAUGUUGGACUUCACACCAGCAUUUUCAGACGUUUAUAGCGAUGCCCUGUUGGAAGCUCAUGAAGCUGAAAUUGUUCGGCUUGAAGCUCUCAAAGAGCAGCGAGCUCCCGCUUUGGAACUUAUCACCAGGCACAAGAACCUCAUUCAGGAACGCGAUUCUCUCGCAGCCUCGAGUCAAGAUGCAUCACGUCUUAUGGCUCGCGGUAACAAAGGAGAAAGACGCGACCCAGGCAAGCUCCUUCGAGAAGAGAAGAUGCGCAAGAGGAUUUCGAAAGAAUUACCCAAGGUGGAAGUCGAACUCCGAAAGCUGUUGGAGAAAUGGGAAGACGAAUACGGCCGACCUUUCCUCGUCUACGGCGAGAGAUACCUCGACGAGCUUACUCCCGCGGCUUCUAAAAUGCCCCCGCGUUCGAAAACGCCCUCUGGACCACCCCCAUCUAGUGCUGCUAAGGCAAGACAACCUCAAUCUCAAGGAACAGUUAGAGGCGCACCACCACGCUCAGCUACCAAAACUCCCACGGGGACCAUGAGGCGCAACCAGCCACCACCUUCAUCUGUCUCAACCACGACCCAACAAAAGUCUCCUUCCAAGAUCCCUUCUCGCGUGCCCUUGAGCAAUAUGCCCCAUGGAAACAAUUCUCCAGAGCGCCGUCAGCCACAAAACUCUUAUUCUUCGAAUACGAUACGAGGUAAAAUGCCACCGCGCGCUCCGCCGCCAAAAAUGCGUGACUUGUUCAACGACCCCAAUGAAGAUACUCCGGCACCCAGUUAUAUAAUGGAGCCGUCGAGAUGCGAGAGCGUCUUGUCUAGCCGAAGCACCCGGCCAAUCAGCCUAGAUGAUGUAUACGAUGAUCGUCAACAACGGUCUUUCAUGAACCAAUCACUCAUGUCACGGAGCAGGGUAGAGACUACUAGCUCUCAUGGCUCUUCCCAGUCUCUUCAUUCGACAGCAUCGCGGGAGAUGGCGUACCCUUCUGAUUCAUCAUACUCACUACGCCAACAACCGCCGCCGCCAGCUAUGAGACAGGCGUCCAAUUCGACUAUCCAGACGGCAUCAGGCUCUGAGAAUUGGGAAACCUACGAUGAUGUUUCGGAACCCGAGACUGAUGCAAGUGAUGUAUACUAUGCCAAGCUCCGUGCAGCUCAUGGAAAGCGGUUUGCUCCUGAUGACCAGCAAAAUGUGAUUCAAAUGGGGAAAAAGAUGAAAGGCAUCCGCAGCGUUGGGUCUGACGAGCGCAUCAUCGAGCAUAAUGGCCAAUUUGUGCGAAUCGAAGGAAGUGACGGAGGGUGGACCGACGAAUUGGAUUCGUAUUAG